AUGCAGUUCAAAGAAACAGACCGGCUCCUUAUUCCAUCUCCGUCCCACUCCUCAACAAGGUGGUGGUCGGAGGAGACAGUGGCCAUAGUGACCGGAGCAAACAAAGGAAUUGGGUUUGCGGUGGUGAAGAGAAUGGCGGAGUUGGGACUGAAAGUGAUCUUAACAGCCAGAGACAGUGAAAGGGGUUGCAAGGCAGUUGAAGCACUUAGGGCUCAAGGUCUUCAUAGUAUUACCUUUUAUCGCCUCGAUGUUUCUGAUCCUUGUUCCAUCAACACCUUCGCUUCCUGGUUCAAAGAAAACUUUACAGCCUUGGAUAUUCUUGUGAACAACGCAGCAGUUUCGUUCAACGAAAUCAAUGAAAAUUCAGUGGAACAUGCCGAGACCGUAAUCAGAACCAAUUUCAAUGGACCAAAGUUACUGACUGAGGCUCUCUUGCCCAUGUUCCGUACCUCCUCCAUGAGUCGAAUACUCAAUGUCAGCUCCAGACUUGGUUCCCUGAAUAAGGUGGGAAACCCUAGCAUAAAACAGGUUCUUGAAAGCGAGAAACUAUCGGAGGACGAUAUUGAGGGAAUUGUUAGCUUGUUUCUGGAACAAGUGAAGACCGGGACAUGGAAGACCGGAGGUUGGCCUGAACUGUGGACGGACUAUGCGGUUUCAAAGCUUGCACUGAAUGCAUACACUAGGGUUUUGGCAAAGCGCUACGAAGGAAGAGCUUUGAGCGUGAAUAGCUUCUGUCCCGGCUUCACUCAGACAUCGAUGACCGGAUGCAAGGGAGAUCACACCGCGGACGAAGUCGCUAUCCUUGCUGCUAGGCUGGCUUUGCUUCCGCCGGACAAUAUACAAAGUGGGAAGUUUUUUCUAUGGGGUAUUAGCAGUGGAAGUAGUACCAGUAAUAAUACUUUGGUGGUUUCCUCCAAGUUAUGACUUGAAGAUUAAUUCGAUCAUGAUUUCAUUAAUUUGGUGAAUUGAGAUUAAGGAUGUAGGCAUCUUUCGCAUGUGAAAGGUUCUGGGUACGUAAUCUCCAUGUUUUGGUGUGUAAAAUUUAAUAAUCAAGUCGAUCGAAUCUGAAUCC